AUGUUGGCGACUCAUUUUAACAUUUCCCCCCACCAGGAUGCUUCAGGUCUUUCCGGCUGGGCGGGAAUAGAGGCGACCGUCGUGAAAGACGACGAAGGGAAGAUGAAAGGGUAUUCUGAAGAUAUAGACACCCUCCUCGUCUUCGCCGGCCUAUUCUCUGCCAUCCUCACCGCAUUUGUCGUCCAGACGUACCAGAUGCUCCAACCGUCGAGCGCGGACUUGACAAACCAUCUCCUUACCACGAAUAACCAGAUGCUC